AGGGGUCCAUUUCUAACAAUUUGCUGACCAUGGCUGCUUAUAAGAGGCGGAGGCGAGACCUGCAUCACAUUCCCAUAAACAGGAGAUUAUGAGAUUUGAGAAAUAAAUGGCGAGGUUUGAAUAGUUCUUCAGUAUUCUGCUGGGCUAGCUGGUUAACCCCUUGUACCCUGCAGCUUAAAUUUAAGGAACUGUCCAAAAGUCCACAGAUGUCAGCAGACAAGCAAGGAAACAUGUUACUAUACAUACCUACUACUGGCAGUAUUUAGGAGAGCUGGAAGAUCAGUACAUACAUUUAUACUGACAGUUUGAUGUACCUGACCGGCUGUGAUAGACUAAAGAUGCCGCCAUUUGAUGCUCUACACAAAUUUUACCAAAGCCUAACAAGAACCAAGAGAGUGACGCCAGAAGCAGUAGAGGGCUCUGGGCUGUGCCGCUGCCUGUCCUCUGUGGAUCUGGUGGCUCUGGGUGUGGGAAGCACUCUAGGAGCUGGUGUAUAUAUCCUAGCAGGAGAAGUGGCCAAAGUGAACUCUGGGCCCAGCAUCAUCCUGUCCUUCCUGAUUGCAGCCUUGGCCUCUGUGCUUGCAGGACUAUGCUAUGCAGAGUUUGGAGCCCGUGUACCGCUCACAGGAUCUGCCUACUUAUACAGCUACGUGACGGUCGGAGAGCUUUGGGCCUUCAUUACUGGGUGGAACCUGAUACUUUCCUAUGUUAUAGGCACUUCUAGUGUUGCUCGAGCAUGGAGUGCCACAUUCGAUGAGCUGGUUGGAAAGGCAGUAGGAACUUUUUUCAGGAGGAUAAUGCCCAUGGACCUGCCAGGGCUGGCUGAAUACCCUGAUAUAUUUGCGGUGUGUCUCAUACUCCUCCUUGCAGGUCUUCUUUCCUUUGGUGUGAAAGAGUCAACCACAGUGAACAAAAUCUUUACAACCAUCAACAUAAUAGUGUUGGUGUUUGUUAUUAUCAGCGGGUGUGUUAAGGGUGACCUGAGAAACUGGGAGAUCACACAGGAUGAGCUUGAUGACGCAAUCAAUCGCUUGAGUAACCAUUCUACAGGUGGUAAUAUAACCGGUAUCUUUGGAGUCGGUGGAUUCAUGCCAUUUGGCUUUAGUGGAACCGUGGCAGGAGCUGCAACCUGCUUUUAUGCCUUUGUCGGGUUUGACUGCAUUGCCACCACAGGAGAGGAGGUUAAGAACCCUCAGAAAGCAAUACCUUUGGGAAUUGUGGUGUCUCUGUCCAUUUGUUUUUUGGCAUAUUUUGGGGUCUCUGCAUCUCUUACGCUUAUGAUGCCCUAUUACCUCCUGGAUGCCCAGAGUCCUUUGCCAGCUGCUUUUGAAUAUGUUGGGUGGAGUGUGGCAAAAUAUGUUGUUGCUGUAGGAUCUCUCUGUGCUUUGACCACAAGUCUCUUGGGAUCUAUGUUCCCUAUGCCCCGGAUUCUUCUUGCAAUGGCCAGAGAUGGUUUGCUCUUUCAGCCACUGUCACGUGUCAGCAGUCGGCAGAGUCCAGUGGUGGCCACCAUGGCUUCAGGAGUAGUAGCUGCUCUCAUGGCUUUCCUGUUUGACUUGAAGGCCUUGGUGGAUAUGAUGUCAAUAGGGACUCUUUUGGCCUACACGUUGGUGUCUUCAUGUGUCAUUCUGCUGAGGUACCAGAUACAGACAGAAACUACACAAGCAACUAAUGGAAGUAUAGAGUGCCAUGAUAAUAUCACAGAUCCAAGGCCAUCAGUUAUUGGUUCAGCUCGCUCCUCGACACUGGUAUCACGGAGUGUAAUGGCAAUAGCGGUCCUAGUCUGUAUAGCGAGUGUGUUAUCUACAACAUGUUCCCAAUACAUCCUGUCUGGUGUACUUUGGUGUGUUAUUCCACUUGCCCUGGCACUCCUUGGCAUUGUAGCAAUCACCCUCUUUAUUUGGAGGCAACCACAAAACCAGAGCCGAGCAGCAUUCAUGGUUCCAUGUCUGCCAUUCCUACCUAUUCUGAGCAUCCUAGUUAACAUCUAUUUGAUGGUUCAGCUGAGUGCAGACACAUGGCUCCGUUAUGCUGUCUGGAUGGGGAUUGGUUUCAUUAUCUAUUUUGGCUAUGGGAUCCACCACAGUGCAGAAAGACUGAAUACACCAGUUACUGUCCUGCAGACAAUUGAUGACACUGCAGAGAACAUGGGAUCCAAGACACAGUUCUUUGACGUUCAACUCAGUUGAUAAACCAUGACAGAAUGUAGUGGAGCGUAAUGCUGAAUUUACAAGAACCAGUGGUUUUAUUAUUAACCACUUUUAGAUUCUCCACCUAACUUAGUCCACCAUUUACAAUUACAAAAAGUUAUGGAUUAUUUUUCCAAGGACUGAAAACUUUACAAAUGAGUACAACUCAAAAUUUAUGAAUGAAUUUACCUCUAUUUUGUGCUGUGCACAGGAUAUCAAUUCAUAUUUGUUAAAGAUAAACUUCUGUACAUUUAAAACUGCAGGUGAAAUACUUUGGAAAGUAAUUCAAUUCACGUACAUGUAUCUGAUUCUGUUUGAUAGUCAUACACUCUACAGUACAUAGCCAGGUGGACAAAUUCUCUUUUCUUUGUUGCAGAAAAGCAAUACUUCUCAUCUCAAAUGGAAACAAGCCCCCAAUUGCUGAGCAUAGUCUCAUGUAGCUAGUAUUACUAGGCCGAGCUUUACCUGUACCAGGUAAUAACAGUGCAUCAGAAGAGAAUGUGGCCUCAUAAGGAGGCUUUGCACCGCGUAGCACAGCUUCUGACACAAAAAUUAAAUCAGAGGACACCCACCCCAAAAGCACCAGGGUAGUUAAUUGAAACUACAAGCCAACAUCCGCAAAGGCCGUUUGUACUUUUUACUACAGAGUUGCACUUACCCAUUUUACUAAAUCAACCCCAAUGCAGCAAAAAUUAGAAAUUGAAAUCUUCCUACAAAUGCAACACUCAAAUGUAGCAAAACAUACAGCUACAAAAUGUGUCAAUGAGCUUCCAAAAGUUAAACACCAAAAGUCCCAUUGACAGUGACUAUUUUGUAGCACUUAAUUUUGC